ACGCUUCGUAAGCUUUUCAGCACGAACCACCAAGAACACGCGUGCUGAAAAAAAAAAGUUUAUAAAACAUUUCAUUUAAUCGGUGAUGAUGUGAUGUUUUUCGAGACACUUAAAAUUUAAAGAUGAUGAGAACUUGGUUGUAAUGAUUUUAUGAUAUUUUGUGAGUUUGGGACGUUUUGGGUUUGAUGAGUUGAAAGGGUGAUCAAGAUGAGGAAGAUAAAAGAGUAUCUACUCUUAAUUGUUAUUGGUUGGUUUAACCACGUCUCUACAAUAUCAGGAUACCACCAACAUGGGCAACAACCACCAAGGAUUACUGAACACCCGGUAGAUACAACAGUGGCCAGACACGAACCGGCUACUUUGAAUUGUCACGCAAAUGGUGAACCAGAACCGACUAUAACGUGGUACAAAGAUGGGAAUAUUGUGAGGACAGCCCCGCAGGAUGCAAGAUCCCAUCGGGUGCUGUUACCUGCUGGAAAUCUGUUUUUCCUCAAGGUGGUUCAAAGUAGAAAAGACAGCGACGCCGGGGUGUAUUGGUGUGAGGCGAACAAUUCUCUCGGGAAGGUUCGAAGUAGAAAUGCUACGUUGGUCGUCGCCGUGCUUCGAGAAGACUUCCGGCUCGAACCGCAAAGUACGCGCGUUGUGGCCGGAAAGGAUGUGGUGUUGGAGUGCGGCCCUCCCAGGGGAACCCCAGAACCUCAAAUAACCUGGAGGAAGGAUGGGCACACCAUUGAAACCGAUGGUCGAUUUCGGAUCGUCGACGGCUCGAAUUUGGCAAUAACCGAUACGAAACCGAGUGAUGAUGGGAGAUAUCAAUGUGUUGCUAGGAAUACUGCUGGUGUUCGGGAAAGUGCAACUGCUUUAUUGAAAGUUGAUGUAAAACCAUUUAUGAUUCGUCCACCUCAAAACAUAACCGCUUUGGUUGGUUCAACCGUUGAAUUUUCUUGCAACGUCGGCGGAGAUCCAUUCCCUGAAGUGUCUUGGUGGCGCAACGCAACUGGAGGAUCAAUGCCGUUAGGAAGAGUCCGCGUUUUAGAAGAUCGAACUUUACGAUUAGAAAAUGUCGUAUUAAAAGACGAAGGAAAAUACACUUGUGACGUUAGCAACCCUGCCGGGUCUUUAACCGCAACCGGAAACUUAAUCGUUCACGCUCCGCCCACCUUCACAACAAGACCUUUAGCCCAAACGAUAGAAGUAGGACAAGAAGUGAUGUUUCAUUGCCACGCGAACGGGAAUCCAUCACCGUUUAUCUUUUGGUCGUUCGAAAGCGAUCGGAAUUUGAUUUUCCCCGGCACAUCUUUCGGUAAUUUCGAAGCUUACAGCUCAGGAAAUAGUGCUACUUUAACGUUGAAGAAUGCUCAAAUACAAAAUUCGGGUACCGUUAUUAUCUGUUCGGCGAUUAAUUGGGCGGGGGCCGUUUCUUCGCGCACAAGACUGACCGUAACCUCAAAAGAAGAUCGACCCCCGCCCGUCAUCAUCAGAGGACCUGUUAACCAAACGUUACCGUUUAACUCAAUGGCUGUGUUACAUUGCGAAGCAAUCGGAACCCCAACCCCGGUGAUAUCAUGGUAUAAAGAAGAAGUUGGGAUUUUACAAUCAGAAAAGAUCAACACGACUUUAUCGGGAAUCUUAAUGAUUCAACAUUUAGAAAAAACCGAUUCCGGGAAAUACACUUGCGUUGCCUCAUCCCGUGGAGGAAAAGCAACUUGGUCGGGGUUCUUGAGGGUUGAAAACCCAAAAAAUCCCAAUAUCAAUUUCUUUAAAGCGCCGGAAUUUGUUAUGUUACCAGGUCCUCCAAGUCGACCUCACGCUUUAAAUCAAAGCGAAGGGAGCGUUACGAUUACGUGGGGACAAAACAACAAGAUUGGGUCAUCUUCAUUACUUGGUUAUCAAGUCGAGUUAUUCGGGAGAGAAGAAGGUGUGAUUCCAACUUGGACUAUCGUUGCAAGAAGAGUUUCGGGUCCUUAUUUCACCCAGCAUUUAUUAACAUCGGGGAUUCCUUAUACUUUUUUGAUCCGAGCUGAGAAUUCGCAUGGUUUAGGACCACCUUCGUUGUUGUCGGAGCCAAUUUUUGUGGGGCAAGAUACAACGCAAAAUUGGGGUAACCCAGAAGUCACUGAAAUCAGUGAGGCGCGAGCUAGUUUGAUAUCUUCAUCGAUCGCGAAAUUAAACGAAGCUCUCCCAGUUUUAUCAACAGCUGUAAAAUUAGUUUGGACGAUUUCAGAUUCAAAAUAUCUUGAGGGGUUGUAUAUUUAUUAUGUUUCUUUGGAUGUUAACCCGAAUAAAUAUAACAUGUUGACGAUUCUUUUGGAUAAAGGGAGUACUUCGGGGUUUACGGUGAAUAACUUGGAGAAAUGGGCCAAGUACCAAUUCUUUUUGGUGCCUUUUUACAAAAACGUUGAGGGGCAACCUUCGAAUUCGCGAACUGUGAAGACUUUGGAGGAUGUGCCGAGUAAAUCCCCCAGUAAUAUGGAGGCUAUGUUGGUUAAUUCAACUUCGGUUUAUUUGAAGUGGUUAAUUCCGAGCGAUGAAAGCAUCAACGGGGAAUUACAAGGAUUUAAAGUCGAAAUUAAGCCGAAUAUAACUAACUCUAAAAGUGAGGUUAUCACAACCGAUCGCGAACCAACCCUUUUAUUAUCAAAUUUACUUUCGGGGUUGUUAUACACCGUAAAAGUCGCUGCUUUCACUCGAGUUGGGGUUGGUCCAUUUAGCACCCCGGCUUUAUUAAAGCUGGAUCAACCUUCAAGUGACCAACAUCAACGCCCGAUUGGGGCCAACAUCGAAGAGGUUGAGUUUUUAACCGAAACUUGGUUCAUGGCGUUAUUAAUAAGCAUGGUGACUGUUAUGAUAAUUUUAUUUGGGGCUAUGUUGAUCGUUAGGAGGAGGCAGUUGUUAUCGAAGAAAAAUUUGCCAUCUCGCUCAAACGGGGCGGUUUUAACCACGCCGAUGAGCAAGCAAGAUCCACCUUUAUGGCUGGAUAAAGACGCGAUUCCCGAUUUUUCGAGCACUCUCCCCGAUUAUGGGAAACUCCCGCAACAAGAUUACAGCAAUUUAGCCCCGAAAAAGGAUAAUAAUAGUUAUAACAUUAAUUUACACACAAAUCCGUUGCAUCAAAAGGAAUAUUUACGGCCGGAUCGCCUCGAAUAUAUCGACAAUAAAAAUUAUUCCGUUUUAAAAAACGAGUAUGGGAGGAAAGCGCAAAUACAGGACUACGCAAGUCCAAAUAUCGAUAAAUCAUUAGCUGAUUACGCGGAAGUCGAUCAAAAUGUUAUUCAGUGUAAUGGAGCUGUUUCUCCUGCGCCUUAUGCAACAACAACUUUAGUUAAGCGAAUGGGAAAUUCCAUGGUUUGGAUCCCACCAGUUGCCCCAAACGCGGAUGAACCAAUUUAUCCAUCAUCAAACGGAGGUUAUUAUAACAGAAAGGUGUACUCUGAUUCGUAUUUCGCGCCAACUCACACUUUAAAACGGAAGAAAGAGCGAAAAGAAACGAUUAUUAACCAGAAUAAUCAUUCCAAUCCCUUAAUUAAUAACACAAAUAAUUCCUCACCCGAUCCGUCGAAUUCAAAUUCGGUUUAUGCUCGAGUUGGGCCUCCCGGUUUAUCAUGGAACGGGGCCCCUCCUCACUUGAGUAGUUUUAAUCCUCAUAAGCAGGUGUAUCAUCCAUCGACGAGGAGCGAACCGGGAAACAUGCUGUGAAUUUGUACAAAAAUCACUUUUUCUACACCAUUGUAUAUUUCCCUUCUUUGUUUUAACUCUUUAAGACACACUUAAUUCGUUUUAAAUUUGCGUUAAAGAGUUAAUGAUAAGAAAAUAAUUAAAAAAAAACUCGGCGCCUU